GCAAUGGAUCACUUUUUUCGUAGAAAGCGGAUCCCCGCUUUUCUGAAACCCCUGUUAAGUCUGUCUCUGAUCUUUGCGUCUUUUCUCAUGAUCCAAAAGCUGAAACUGUCGGAGAAAGACGCAGUGGGGGUUAAACAUGUGAGGGAUCCGGCCUGGUGCGGCUCGGAGUGUUUUACAUUUAAGAAGACAGCUGUGACCAGUUCGGGGACCUCAGAUUCUCCCGUGCCCGUCAAGGAUUUGGAGACACAGCGGGUCCCGAACGUAACUCGGGCUUCUUGGGACGCGCAGGUUCUCAACUGUAGCGCGGACGCAUCGGUGAGGACCCAGGACUGGUUCCGGCGCUUGGACCAGAGAUUUCACCAGUUUGUGCUUCACAGACACUGCAGGUAUUUCCCCAUGCUCAUCAAUCACCCGGAGAAGUGCGCCGAUGGAAACGUUCACCUCCUCAUGGUGGUCAAGUCCGUUAUCGAGCAGCACGACCGGAGGGAGGCCGUGCGUAAAACCUGGGGGAAGGAGCAAACCGUAAAUGGGAAGAAAAUUAAAACUUUGUUUUUACUCGGAAGCCCAAACACUGGCAAAGACGCCAAGAACCUACAGAAACUGAUCGAGUAUGAGGACCAAAUCUUUGGGGACAUCCUGCAGUGGGACUUCAUGGACACCUUCUUCAACCUGACUCUGAAAGAGGUCAAUUUUCUCAAGUGGUUCUACAUCUACUGCCCCAACGUGCAUUUUAUAUUUAAGGGAGACGAUGAUGUGUUUGUGAACACGCUCAACCUGCUGGAGCUCAUCGACUUCAAGGUGGAGCAGCGCAAAGCGGCCCGCUUGUUUAUGGGGGACACCAUCUCCAAGGCGAUCCCCAUCCGAAACCGACAGAGCAAAUAUUACAUCCCCAAGGAGCUGUACGACAAGCCGUAUCCACCCUACGUGGGAGGUGGGGGGUUUCUGAUGUCCGCCUAUUUAGCCCGUAGGCUCUUCGUGACCUCGGAGGGCGUGGAGUUGUACCCCAUUGACGACGUGUUUUUGGGGAUGUGUCUGCAGAGGCUUCACUUAUCCCCAGAGAUGCAUCCGGGCUUCAGGACAUUCGGCAUCACCAGACGCAGGGCGAGCACAAUGAACACAGAGCCCUGCUUUUAUAAAAACCUGAUCGUGGUCCACAAACUGAGCGCGCAGGAGCUGCUCAGGAUGUGGAGCGUGGUGCACAGCCAAGACCUGAUCUGCGCACAAAAAACUUCGAUAUGAUUGACAGAAAGUAAAUAAAUUCACUAAAUCUGAGCUCACGGGAAGUCUUCUUUGGCCGAUCAUACUCGAUGAUCUUUACGCAAUCUGCGGAGUCACGUUAAUUUUUCCUUUACCGUUACGCAG